UGAUCAGUAGUGCUUCAUAUGGUCAAAUUGGUCUCAUGAUCACACUCUAACAAGCAAGAAAAUUGAGAGCACUAUGGGAAAUUUAGAUUACUACAAGCCAGUAAUGGCUAUGUUGGGAUUGCAGUUCACUUAUGCAGGGCUUUCCCUGCUAACCAGAACUGCUCUCCUGGAAGGGAUGAGCCCCAGAGUCUUUGUUGUCUACAGACAGGCCAUUGCUGCUUUGCUCAUUGCUCCUGUAGCUUAUUUCACAAGGAGAGGAAAAGCUAAAUUGAGUUUGGGAAUGAAGAGCUUUUGUUUGAUAUUUUUCACUACUCUUAUUGGAGUAACUAUCAACCAGAAUAUAUACUUUGAGGGUUUAUACCUGGCCUCAACGUCAAUGGCAAGUGCCAUGGGUAAUCUACUGCCGGCCAUAACUUUCAUAACAGCAGCAUUUUGGGGAAUGGAGAAUUUAAACCUCCGAAGCGUAAGAAGUAAUGCAAAGAUCGUAGGAACUCUCAUUUGCAUCGGAGGAGCUGUUUUAAUGACAUUUUACAGAGGCCCAAAGCUACUAAACUCCCGAUUUCUACCACCAAAAUCCCUUAUUCUCGACGGAGGCGGAGGCUCCGCUGCAAGUGAUGAGGACUACUGGUUACUUGGUUCCCUCCUUCUCUUUGGAAGCAAUUGUUGCUGGUCAUUGUGGCUUAUUCUACAGGUUCCAGUAACAGCAAGCUACCCUGAUCAUCUCUCUUUAUCCGCUUGGAUGUGUUUCAUGGCCGCAUUGCAAUCCGCAUCAGUCACAUUUUUCUUAGAGCCAGACCCAAAUGCUUGGAAAUUACAUUCGUUUCUUGAACUUGGUUGUUGUUUAUAUGCGGGGAUGAUAGGUUCGGCAUUUUCAUUCUUUGUCCAAGCAUGGUGCAUUUCUCGCAGAGGUCCACUCUUUUCUGCUAUGUUCAACCCUUUGGGCACAGUCAUAACCACCUUUUUUGCUGCUAUUUUGUUGCAUGAGGAGAUCUAUACUGGAAGCAUGCUAGGUGCUGUUGGGGUGAUUGCUGGACUAUAUGCUGUGUUAUGGGGUAAAGCCAAAGACAAUAAAAAAGAGAUUAAUGUGGAAACAGAUCCAAAAUCCCAGAAGGAUCAAACACAAGAAGUGAAAAUCUUGGUAGAUCAUGAAACUUUGAGUUGCAAAUUUGAUUUGGUGGAACCCCUUUUGAUUGACAAAUCAACAAAAGUAUAUGAUGACCAGACAAAUCAAUGAUUGCUGAACAGCGUGGACGGUGGGAUUGAGCCCCCGGAACUAGUGGGGGCGCACAUGCGUAAACUGGCCCGAACACCUGAGUUAUGAAAAAAUCAAUGAUUGCUGAAAUGUUGAUUUUUAUUAGCUUCCAACUAUAAAGGUUGUGUUAUUUUUGCUUCUUGCACUUUUGUUGCAACUGUCUGCAAAUUUUGUAUCAUUUCAAACUUUCUUCCCCUUUCGAAUAUAGUUUUGGAAGCUAAGCAAUGAAAG